AUGGCUCCCGAAAGACAGAUCUUCGAUCCUGAUGGAGACGUCCUGUUCAUUCUUUCCAGCACGUCGAAGCUGACUCUUGAGGAGCUUGGACUCACAAACCAACCUCAACCCGACAGCCCUCAUGUGCUUAUGCAAGUCUCUUCUAAGCACUUGAUGCUUGCAUCGCCAGUCUUCAAGGCCAUGUUAACUUCACCAUUCUCGGAAGGCCAAACUCUCGCCCGGACUGGACACGUCGACAUAGAGCUUCCCGAGGACGAUUGUGUUGCAUUUACCAUCCUCAUGAACGUCAUCCACAGCAAAGGUCGAAAAGUCCCUUCGGUACUGUCAUUGAAGCUUCUAGCAAUUGUCAGUAUGCUUGUCGACAAAUAUCAGCUUCAGGAAAUUGCCGCUGUCUUUUCGGACAUUUGGAUCCGCGAGAUGGCCUUGGUCGUCACCUAUUUUUAUGACGACACUGUCUUUUAUGAUCGCAAUAUCGAUGUUCUGACCCAUUGGCUCCUCAUCGCAUGGGUCUUUCGCCACACAGUGCUUUUCGAGGAAGUGUCUAAAGCUUUGGUUCAAGCAGCCCGCUUUCCUUUGCCUGCGGUACCCGAUGAGGUUCCAAUACCACAAUCGAUAUUUGAUGCAAUCGACGCCCGUAGAAUGAAGUGUCUUUCCGAAAUCUUCAGAGAGGUGUCUGGCUGGGUAGACCACUAUCAUGAAAAACCAUGGAACGUUUCAUGCACAGGCGCCACCGAGACUCCAUCGAGCGUUUCAUGCACCAGCACCACAGAGACUCGACGGAAUUGCGAUACUCAGGUCCUUGGAAGCCUCAUCCGCGCUUGUUCUGUGUGCUUCAUCUGGCCCACUCCCAAACGCCCAUAUACCGGGCAUUCAGUGCAGGGUGUGCUUGAAAGGAUUGCGGAAUUGAAUGUCAUAUCUCUAUGUGAUAUUUUGCAUCCGGAGAGGUCGAAUAAUAAAGGACAUUGGGUCGCAAACGAUAUCUUGGAGGUUUGCAAUGAGCUUUACCUGCAGGGUGGAUUGGACAUUGGAGUCUUCGCGAAGGAUUGCGCUGAGCAGGAUUCCAAGGGCGAGAACUAA